AUGGAGUGCCGUGUCCUGUCCAUACAGAGCCAUGUAGUCCGUGGUUAUGUGGGCAACAAGAGCGCUUCUUUCCCAUUACAGGUUUUAGGCUUUGAAGUGGACUCCAUUAACUCAGUGCAGUUCUCCAACCACACUGGAUAUAGCCAUUGGAAAGGACAGGUGCUGACGGCAGAUGAGCUCCAUGUUCUUUAUGAAGGCAUUAAACUCAACAAUGUGCACCAGUACGACUAUGUUUUAACAGGGUAUACCAGAGACACAUCGUUCUUGGAGAUGGUAGUGGACAUUGUUCAGGAGCUGAAGAGGGCGAACCCCAGCCUGGUCUAUGUGUGUGACCCAGUCCUUGGUGAUCACGGCUCUAUGUACGUGCCACAGAACUUAUAUCCAGUCUACAAGAACAAGGUGGUUCCAGUAGCAGACAUCAUCACUCCCAAUCAGUUUGAGGCUGAGUUAUUGACCGGGAAGACCAUCACCUCACAGAAGGAUGCUGUGGAGGUUAUGGACCUUCUUCACGCGAUGGGCCCUGACACAGUGGUCAUCACUUCCUCUGACCUGCCGCCCAGAUUAGGAGACCGCUUCCUUGUGUCUCUCGGCAGCCAGCGCCAUGUUCAUCCAGAUGGCAGCCGGACCACUGAGAGGGUACGCAUGGAAGUCCCAAAGGUCGAUGCUGUGUUUGUUGGAACUGGAGAUUUGUUUGCUGCUAUGCUGUUGGCAUGGACACAUCACUAUCCAAACGACCUAAAGACUGCUUGUGAGAAGACCUUUUCUGUGAUGCACCAUGUUAUCAAGAGGACAAUAUCUUAUGCUCAUGAGUUGGCAGGUCCUGGCCGAAGACCCAGUCCCCCACAGCUGGAGCUUCGCAUGGUUCAAAGUAAAGCUGACAUAGAAGAUCCAGCUAUUGUUACGGAGGCCAUGCUCAUAUCCUAA